AGCUAGUAUCUAAAUGUCUGGUUUAGGUAAGUAUUAAAUAUUCCCUCAUGGCUUCUCUUAAGCCUUUCAACGAUCGUUUAGCUAUCCGAAUUAGGGAUAGAUAGUUAGACCUGUCUGUCUGAACAUAAAUAUAGUUAGUGUGUCCUAAGAUAGUCUGUAUUUUCUAAUAUCAAUAAGUUAAUAUUAGGUUAUCUUGAGCUAUCCUAAAUCGGACUAUUUUGUGUCAAUAUACGUUCCCAAGAUUGUCUGCUAACAAAGUGGAUUUGGAAAUUACGUAAGUAGAUGAUUGAGCCAUCAGCGGGCAGUCAUCGAGUUGUGUUUUCAUAAGGACCAACGACGAUCUGAUACUAAAGGAGAAGGAGGAGUAGGAGCUAGCUUGAAUUGAGAAUCGAAUGAUUACGAGAUAGACAAUGAGAGAAAGAAGAGCACUUAGACAAUUCACUUUGAGUACAGGGAAGUCUGCUGGUAGGAAUUCUUCAGGACGUAUUACUCUUUUUCACCGAGGGGGUGGAUCGAAGCGAUUGCAGCGAAGAAUUGAUCUGAAACGAAGCACUUCGUCUAUGGGCAUUGUAGAAAGGAUAGAAUAUGACCCUAAUCGUUCUUCUCGAAUCGCUCCAGUACGAUGGAAAGGGGGGGCCCACCAGAGAAAAUGCAAGACGAUAGAAGAGUUCGCUCCGCCGAAAAAGAGACUCGAAUCUACCACGACCACCAUCCGCGGUCCAUUUGCGUUCUCUUCCCUGCCCGGGAAGGUGGAUCAAAGAAAGGUAGCUUGCUUCUCUCCUGGCCUGAUGGCGGUUUAUGUAGUGGUCGGCCUUCCGUACAGAAUGCCCUCUUGGUCGAAGAGCCACUUUACUAGUAAGGGCGCUGGAAGCAAAAAAACUUGCGCGAAGGACGUUUUCUUCUCUGCCUUCUCCUCUCCAAAGGCCAAGGGAGAGACUGCAUCCCUUUCCUUCGGUAGCUCUUUUGGUUUCCCAAGGAUAGCGGUAGCUGGGGCAAAGCCCGCUUUCUUCGUUUUUCGAAUGAGAGAGAAAGUCAGAGGAAAAAACACGUUCUCUCUUUGCGAGAUCCGAAAAUGGAGAACGCAUAGCAUUCUCUGGGCACAUAGGAUCAAACGUAAAGCAGCGCUCUCUUGGCAGAGUUUUAGGCGGCAAGAGAUUUUAGGGCUUGUUGGAGCUUCUGAGCAUAACGAAUCGAAGCCGAAGACGGAUCAAGGCUUUUAUACCAAGGCAAUAGACGAAGGACCGAAGAAUGGAACGUGCAAAGUAGAUCGUGCACCUGUCACUUAUAUAAUAGCCAGUCAUCAAUUUCCAGCGGGCAAGAUGGUGAUGAAUUGGUCUAAACCUUCGACUAGCGACUUAUUGCGACCUGCCCAGAAUGCCAAUACAUACUAAAACCUUGUUCACACAGCGAAAAAAGGGCGAGUAGAAGAAUAAUCAAAUCCAAUUUUGUAGUAAUCUUAAUCUUAUUAUUCUACUUAGUGUAUUUAAUAUAGUGUAUUUAAUAACCUAUCUUUAGAUCCAGGUGUUAUACAAGGGUUUUGUA